AGCUUAGGUUUUUGCUUUCUGUGUUUGCUGUCGCCUCGCUACGGUCUUUUCAUACAACGCACUUGUCUCUUUAUACCUCGCACGACCUCGUCCGUUCCCAAGGUUAACACCGCCCGAGUUUGCUGGUCCCGUUCGUUUUCUCGCCUUUCAAAUAAUAAAAAGGAAAGACUUCUUCUUUCAUUUCGUGGCCACUCGCCACCUCACCUGCACCAAAAUUAAGCGCCUUUCGCUCCGUCUUGCGGCCUCGAUCGGCUCCAUCGGUCCAUCGUCGCAGGAUUUUUUCCUUCGCGACCGCAACUUGCCGCUGGCUGAAAUCUACCGCCGACUCCGCCGACCACGCAUGUCGUCGCUGCCCCACGGCCACCACUACGAGACGCACCAUCGCGGGACGGAGGUGGUGCCCUUCGAUGAAGUCAUCGGCACCACCCCCGAUGGUGUCCCCGUCAUGUCGAACGGCGACGAGUCGCACUUCAGCAACUUGGAGUCCAUCACGGCGGCGUGUCUGCCGCUGAGCUCGUUUGAGCGUAAGGCGCCGCCGAAGCAGCCGUAUAGAAAGAUGGGCGUGAAGUGGCAAUGCGUGGAGUUCGUGCGGCGUUACUUGGCGUCGCGGAAGGCGGUGUGGAUGGCCUCGAUGAGCACCGCCGAGGAGGUGUGGAGAGAGCCGAACAUGUUCGUCAACGUGCGGGACGGCAGCCCGGUCGAGUUCACGCGGACGCCGAACAAGUCGAAGGGACUGCCGCCUGCUGUGGCGGACAUCAUUGUGUGGGGGGAGAGCAUCGAGACCCCUUUCGGACACGUCGCGGUUGUGACGGAGGUGUGUGCGGAGAGCGUGCGGGUGGCGGAGCAGAACCAGGGCUUUGAGCGCUGGCCGGAGGAGAUGCCCUUCAGCCGCGAGAUCCCCAUGCAGCGGACGAGUGAUGGCGGCGUGGAGUUGGUGGACGAAGACCCGGUGCUGGGCUGGGUGGCGGUGCAGCACCCCUUUUACGACUUCAGCGAAGGCGACCUCGCCGACGACUUCCGCCUCGUCGUUGGCGCUGGUCAGAUUGUGAGACAACCGUUUCCGAAGCACGUCGAGGUGCCGUGGCUGAGCAUGAAGGAGGAGUGCGACGUCAUCCUGAAGCACUCGCUCAUGAUUGACGGCAACAUGGGCGAGGGAGCCAAGGCGGACGAGAGCGACGUGCCCGGUGCAUUUUACUUCUUCGACUACGACAUGUGGUGCCGCCUCGGCCGCGCGGCCCACUCGUUGCAUCGCAUCGCCAUGGCGGCCACCGCGACGGUGCUCGCGGACCCCGAGUCGGCGCACCUGCUUGAGCACUACUUCGGUGUCCCGCCGGAGAUCCAGCCGCUGCUGCGCCGCUCGUGGGAGAUGACGCCACCCAUGGGCGGCCGCUUCGACUUCGGCUACGACGGCAAGAAGAUCGUCAUACUGGAAUACAACUGCGAUUCCUCCGGUGCCCUUCUGGAGUGCUGCGACACGCAGGAGAAGAUGGCGAAGUUUUACGGCGUCGCGCAGGGCACCUCCACCGGGUCAUUUCUUGGUGCGAAGUGUGUCGCGUACUUCGCCCGGCUCUUAUCGAACGACAGGGUGUGCCCGCAGCACAAGCUGAUCCACUUCAUGAUCGACGAGGACGACGAGGAGCGCUACACGGCGAUGUGCAUGAUGGGCUUCGCCCAGAAGGCCGGCUUUCGCACGAAGCUGUGCGUGAAGCUGGAAAACUUCCGCUACCGCGACGGCCCGCCGUGCAACGCAGCCCCGCUGGCUGAGCCGUGCGCCCACCCCACCAUCAUCGACGGCGAGGAUGAGGAGGUGCUGAUGGUGUGGAAGACGUGGUCGUGGGACACGGUGCUGCAUCAGUACAAUUCCCAGCGCUCGUCCACCGACGCGGUCAACGCACCGACCUUGUCAGACAUCCUGCUGAACAACAACAUCCGCGUGCUGGAGCCGCUGUGGAAGGCGGUGACCGGGAGCAAGGCCAUUCUGCCGUUCAUGCAUGCCCUGGCCCCCGAUCACGAGAACAUGCUCACGGCCAGCUUCCAGCCGACGCGCGAAAUCAUCUCCCACCACUACAUCUCGAAGCCCGUCAACGGGCGCGCCGGGCAGAACAUCAUGAUGUACGACCCCGUCACCGACCCGACAGAGUUGAACGACGCCCCGCAGAUCGACGCGCGCGAAAACAUGUCGCAACACCUGGCGGCCCGCUCCCUCCUCAACGCCACCUCCCCCCCGCUGAGCCAGUCGGUGGACCAAACAAACGAGUGCUCCAACGGCAAGUUCUUCGACUCGGUGAAAGUGUAUCAGCAGCGCCACUUUCUCAAGAAGUUCGAUGGCAAGUACUUCCCCAUCUUCUGCGGCUGGAUGAUUGGGGACGAGUUUGCCGGUGUCGUGGUGCGCGAGGACACCUCGAAGAUCACGAAGCUGUCCAGCAUGGUGGUGCCUGCGCGCGUGGUGCGGGAGAACGUUCCACUUGGCGUGUCGUACUCUGACGAGGGUGAAACGUAG